AUACGACUUACUGUAUCUACUGCCAAGAACAUGGGGAGACAACUGUGGCUGUUACUUGGUGCUCCGUCUGUGAUGAUGCACUCUGUGAGAAAUGUUAUGGAGCUCACAACUGCACCCCAUCAUUUCGUCACCAUGACGUCACUGACCUGUCUGUAGAAGUCAAGGGAAAGCGAAAGACCAUGUGCAAGGUGCACAAACAGGAGUCGCUAGAAUUUCUCUGUCAGGACUGCAAGAAGGCCGUGUGUCAGAAAUGUUGCAUACUUUACCACAGGAAAUGUGAUGCCGUUGUCACGAUCCCCUCACAGAUGGUGAUAAUGAAAACAGAGCUGACAGAAAUGAAGAAAUCAUUAUCAAACAAGGAAGGUGAGACUAAACUUCGUGUGACGAAACAAAGGUUGCAGGAGCAGAGAGAGAGAGAGAUCAUUAUUCACUGA